GCCAAUAACAGCUCGAGUUGGAGCGUGCUCGUGCUACAGAGCCACACUGAGGUCUCUGCGCGCAUCGCACACUGCUGGAAACCAGGCGGACAGAGCGAAGCCGUCCCUUUCUGCCCGGGAGAAACGACGAGCACACAGGGAGGAAGGCGUUAAGAUCUGAUACGGCGUCGAUUGCAAAGACGGCACGGACUUACGGCUAAUUCCUCCUUUAGGUGGCAUUAGACUCCUGCACAGCCAUAGCAAAGGAUCACACUGUUGGGCUCUCCUCUCCUCUCCCGCUUGUCAAACCCAAAUCCUAGUAGAGUAGCCAACCCCCGUACCUGGAAGGACAAGGGGUUUGUUUGGUGUUUAUGGUGUUUCUAGCUGGAUUAUACAAACAAAUACACACAAGUGGCCUGCCGACGCCGAAAUCGAAGCAAGGGAUUACAAUUGUUUGUAAAGCUCUUGGUUGUGCUUGCAUGCGCGUAUUCUUCUCUGAGCAGAGAGCCAAGUGCUGAUAAAUCUGCUCCACCUGGACUUUGGACCUGAGCGAGGAGCUUCUCAGUGAGCUGCACUUGACAGGAGCGGCACCGACAAGUCUGGGGAGACCGAAUUCGUACUUGAGCAGCUGAGGGGGAAACUGAAAAUCCUGCGAAAAUGCCUCUUGCACAGAUCGCGGAGCCAUGGCCCACGAUGGAACUAGUGCAGCUCGAAACGGAGAAUGGGCAGAGCACUGCUGAGGAUGGAGUCACGCCUGCUGUCAAGGACGUCCUCCAAAUGGGCUGCUGGAUUUUCUGUCUGUGAGUCUACAGGAGUGGUAGCGCAUGUUUCUCAAACAAGAUGGAUAGACAGCGCGAGAUAUGACAUGAUGAUGGAUUUUGACAUGCAUAUGAACAAGUCUCAUAUCACCUGGAUAGAGAGGGACUUUGCCAAUAUUAGAGCCCAGGAAGAUGGAGACAUCAAGGAGAUCAACAUUACCCAUGUGGUCAAGGAAGGCUCAGAGAAGGCUGAUGCCUCUCAGUUUGAACUGCUCAAAGUUUUGGGACAGGGAUCCUUUGGCAAGGUAUUCCUGGUGCGAAAGGUGACCCCUCCCGAUGCCAACCAGCUCUAUGCCAUGAAGGUCCUCAAGAAGGCCACACUCAAAGUGAGAGACCGUGUGAGAACCAAGAUGGAGAGAGACAUCCUGGCAGACGUCAACCACCCUUUCGUUGUCAAACUGCACUAUGCAUUCCAGACUGAAGGGAAGUUGUACUUGAUCCUGGACUUUCUCAGAGGAGGAGAUCUCUUCACUAGACUCUCCAAAGAGGUGAUGUUCACAGAGGAGGAUGUGAAGUUUUAUCUAGCAGAGCUGGCAUUAGGGCUGGACCACCUCCAUAGCCUGGGCAUCAUUUACAGGGACCUCAAACCUGAAAACAUUCUCCUGGAUGAAGAGGGACAUAUCAAACUCACAGAUUUUGGCUUGUGUAAAGAAGCCAUUGAUCAUGAGAAGAAAGCUUAUUCCUUCUGUGGUACUGUGGAGUACAUGGCCCCAGAGGUUGUGAACAGGCAGGGACACACCCACAGUGCAGACUGGUGGUCAUUUGGAGUACUAAUGUUUGAGAUGUUGACUGGAGCGCUGCCGUUUCAAGGGAAGGACCGCAAAGAAACUAUGAACCUGAUUCUGAAGGCGCGUCUGGGAAUGCCUCAGUUCCUCAGUGCAGAGGCCCAGUCUCUGCUCAGGGCUUUGUUCAAGAGGAACCCUGCCAACAGAUUGGGAUCUUGUGCUGAUGGUGCAGAGGAGAUCAAACGGCAUGGUUUCUUCUCUACCAUAGACUGGAAUAAACUCUUCAGAAGAGAAGUUAAGCCUCCGUUCAGACCGGCGGUGGCACGUCCGGACGACACCUUCUACUUUGACUCUGAGUUCACCUCCCGCACCCCUAAAGACUCCCCUGGCGUGCCCCCUAGUGCCGGAGCUCACCAGCUCUUCAGAGGCUUCAGCUUUAUUGCGUCAACUCUAUUGGAGGAGGAAGAUUCAGUGGAGCCAGUCAAGCCGCCACCGCACCCAGUGGUCCAGCAAUUACAUGGGAAGAACCUGCUGUUCAGUGACGGCUAUGUAUUGAAGGAAGACAUCGGCAUGGGCUCCUUCUCUGUGUGUAAACGAUGUGUCCACAAAGCCACCAACACAGAAUAUGCUGUCAAGAUGAUUGACAAGACCAGUACAGACCCCUCUGAGGAGAUUGAGAUUCUACUUAGAUACGGACAGCACCCCAACAUCAUAACACUGAAGGAUGUGUACGACAACAGUAAGCAGGUGUUCCUGGUGACGGAGCUGAUGCGUGGAGGAGAGCUGCUGGAUCGGAUCCUCAAACAGAAGUUCUUUUCGGAGAGAGAGGCCAGUGCUGUGCUUCACACCAUCACCAAGACUGUAGAGUACCUGCACUCACAGGGGGUGGUGCACAGAGACCUGAAGCCCAGCAAUAUCCUCUAUGUUGACGAGUCGGGGAAUCCAGAGUCCAUCAGGAUUUGCGACUUUGGCUUCGCUAAGCAAUUGCGUGCCAACAACGGCCUGCUGAUGACCCCAUGCUACACUGCUAACUUUGUAGCUCCUGAGGUGUUGAAGCGUCAGGGCUAUGAUGAAGGCUGUGACAUCUGGAGUCUGGGAGUCUUGCUGUACACCAUGCUGGCUGGUUUUACUCCAUUUGCCAACGGACCUGAGGACACCCCGAAUGAGAUCCUGAACAGGAUAGGCAACGGCCACUUCAGUCUGACUGGAGGCAACUGGGACACUGUUUCUGAUGCUGCCAAGGACCUUGUGUCCAAGAUGCUUCAUGUGGAUCCCCAUCAGAGACUGACUGCCAAGCAGGUCCUCAAACACACCUGGAUUGUACAGAGAGACAAACUACCCAACAGCCAGCUCCCACACCAUGACCCCAAACUUGUCAAGGGUGCGAUGGCAGCCACCUAUUCUGCCCUGAAGAACUCCCAACCAACUCCAGAGCUCAAGCCCAUCGAGAGCUCUUUUCUAGCCCAGAGGCGUGUCAAGAAGCUUCCCUCCACUUCCCUGUAGAGACUCAAAACAACCAAUCAGCUCACUGGAGACUGACCAAAACUGCACCUCCUGGCUCCAACCACCCAGUCAGCUUGCUCGGGGACUCGGUGUCAACCUGCCUCUACCAGCCAAGGAACACUGACUGUGGUCCUGCUCCCAUCUUGUGACAUCAGUUGUCCCGUUCUUGCUAUCAUCCUCCUUGUUCUGGCUGGUCAGCUGCUGUUAGCCAGUCUCCUUGGACUAGCAAAAUAUCAUGAAGAUGGAUGGGGGCGAUGAGGGCAAAAAAAAAAGGGGGGGGUGCAGGUUUUUGGCAGAUGUAUUAGUGCUGUGUGAGUGUGUGUGUGUGUGAGAGUGAGUUUGUGCAUGACCUGCCACAGAGUCGAUGCAGCCAUGUUUUCGAUUGUGACGAUGACAGUUUUCUCUCCUCAUCAUUGCUGUUAUCGGUUGUCAUUCAGCUUGCUGCACGCCUGUCUGUCUGCCUGUUUUGUUGUCCGUCUUCUCGUUCUUUUUGUAAAGUUGAUGAGCUUUAUAUUACCGGGUGUGCUGCCAAAUCAACCUGUGCCGACAGCACAAAACCACAGUACUGUCCAACUGCUGUUUAAAUGUUUUUGAAAGAGCAUUAUUAAUAUGAAUAUUAAACAUUUCUGCCAUAAAUGCCUCUUUGGCUAUGGUAUAGCCAGAAUACGUGGAUUCUGGGAAAUGUCAAAUGCUGAUGUUUUUGUUAAUGUCAAUCUAGGCUUGUAUUUUGUUUUACAGAGAGAGUGUGUGUGUGUGUGUGUGUGUGUGUGUGUGUGUGUGUGUGUGUGUCAGUUGUAUGACUUGCAGUGUGUGUGUGUGUGUGUGUGUACUGUCUUGCGGGAUGCUGCAGGGUCAUGUGCAUGGUCCAGUGAUGUGAUGAUGUCAUGUGGCUUCUUUGUUUCUCUCCUCUCCCUUUUCUCUGCUUGGUCAACCUGCUGGCAACCAUUUGAGAUGUCUAUUAUUUUUAUUACUACAAAAACUAGUAAACUAGGUGGCUUUCUGUGAAAGAAAACUUGCCCAAGGAACAAUGUGGCAUGUUAAAAAUUAGCUUUGUUUUCUUGAAUGGUUUUUUUUUUUUUUUUUUCAGUUUUUUUCCACUGUUUCUUGGAUAAUGCAUAUUGAAUGCUGUUUUCUGUGUUGGCUGCUUUUGUUGUUGAUUGCUUUGUUUUUUUCUUUUUGUCCAAAGAAAGUGGUGAAUAAAAAUAGUGAAAGAUAUGCUGAGCACAUUACAGUCUGUGGACUUAAGGCUGUACAGGUCUCUCCUUCUGUUUUGAAAUUUAAAGGGAAGAAAGGCUGACUGUGACUUUAGUUGAGCACUCUAACACAGCUCUCCACCCUCUUAAAAACUCUGUCAAAUCACGGGUUGUUAAUAUCACACAGAUCUGCAAUCAGCGUGGAGUAUCAGCAGUCUUGUGUUUAACUCUUUCAUUCAUGAUAUUUGAAUUUCCAUUGAUUCUGGUGAUUAUAUAACUUGUUUUCAUUUUAUUGACACUCGAUUUGAGACAUCCUAAAGAAGAGUAAAUGUGUGUCAUUGUAAGUAGCUUCAUAGGGUAGGUCCUGCUUUCAGCUCGGUGCCUAGGCCUACAGGUGAGGCAGAAUGUCUUACAUGAAUAACACAUGAUAGCACAUGAUAACAAACCAAACAGCCUGGACAUGUGUACAAGGGAAGACUUGUGUGGCUAAAUAAUCAAUGAACCAGCUGUCUUACCUCAAAAUGGAUCAAAGUUAUAUUAUAAUUCUUGUUUGGUGGAAAAACUCUCCCUUCUUUGACUAAAUUUAUGGUAAGAAGUUAUUGUAUGAUAAAGAUGAAGAUUUUUAUAUCUUACAAAUAUUAAAAAUUCAGUUGCUACAACAAA